AUGCACCUGAAACGGUCUCUGCGGGCAGCUGCCUUUCUUUUGGCACCAGCGGCUCGCUCGCGGCUCUCCAGCGGCGAAAGAAGACGCAGCACUCGCAGCAGCAGCGAGCGACCUGACUACGCGCACAUGCGCACUGCGCUCGUAGCCCUGGACCAUUUGUCAGGACUCCUCGGGAGACGGAGAAAAAAAAAAGCGAGAAUUUGGGGGGAAGGGUGUGGGGGGCCGUGUGCGGAAGGAAAGGGAGCCGGGGCGAGGCGAGGCGAGGCGGCCGUGCCGGGUUUCGGCGCUGGCGCACAGGCGGCGGGAUGCGUGUUGGGGGUGUCCCCUCCCCAGCGCCCCUCCGAGCUUGUCACUUGGGUCGCUUCGAUGACACCGGGCGCGGGGUUGGGGGAGCGCGGCAGCAGCGGCGGCGGCGGCGGCGGCGGCGGCGGCGGCCGGGGUGGUGCGUGCCCGGGGCGGGUGGGCGCCGCCGGCCAGCCCGCCCGGUGCCGCGGCCCGAGGCGGUGGGGUGGGGGAGCCGCCAGCUCGGGGACCCCCCCGGGAGUCAGGGGUGGUGGUGGUGGAGGAGGCCGGGGCGGCCCGAUCGGGGUGGCGGGAGGCGCGCGAACCCCCGCGCGCCGCCCCUGCGGCCCCCUCCGCCCGUUGUGGCCUUUGUGCCGGGCGCGCACCGGAGAGAGAGAGCGAGAGAGAGCGAGCGAACGAGCGAGCGCGAGAAGUCCCGAGUACGGGGAGACCGAGGCAGUGGGAAAAGAGGCCGGGGCCACUUUCUCGGCCCGCUCGGGCUGCGGAGAAACGGACUGGCUGCAAAGUGCUGGCGGGGGGGAAGCCAAGGCGCUCGCCCGGGCCCCGGCGCGGACGUGCCAGCCACGGGAGAGCGCGGGCCGCGCGGGGGCCAGGCCGGGAACCGCGCCGUCGCGGCACACGGUGUCAGUGGCGUUCGCCCCGCGCUGGCCCGGGUGCGGGCGCGGGCGUGUGUCGGGUGUCGGCCGCGGGGCUCUGCCUCGCCUGCAACUUGUUUACUCCAACCGCCCCGAGCUCGGGGAGACUGCGAUGGGGAUCCGAGGCGGGGCCGCUGUCUGCCUCCUGCCCUCUCUCCUUCCCUCCCGCCUCGCCUCGCCUCGAACCCGCGUGUGCGUGUGCCAGUCGGGCUCAUGGGUUUGGCUCCCCGCGCGUCCUGGGCCCGACGCGCCGUUCUCGCUCGCGCCUGCAGUCGCGGCCCCGGAGGCGGGGAGGGAAGUAGAGGCCGGCGGGGGUGGGGAUCGGGAAGCGCCCGAGCCGGGCAUCCGCCGUGCGCCCCGCGCGAGCCGGUGUGCGGGAAGUGGGGUGUGUGUUUUUAGGGUUGGGAGUGGGAGUUUUGGACGCGGCUCGGCCCACCGCGCCACCACCGUGAGAGAAAGUUUCCGAGCGGGCGGCUUCCUCUCGGCCCGGCCCGCCUAA